AUGUCGGACUCAGCACACAUAUACAUGGAAAACGUGUUUCGUCUGACAGGGUACCUGCACCGAUUGCUGUUUUUAAUGAAAGAGUUAGAUAACAAGGAGCAUCAAAUAAAUAAACUUAUUCAAGAAAAGGAAGAAGUAUAUCUUGAAAACUUGAACUACUUUUAUAAAAAUCAAAUCGGUCAGCAAAGCACAUAUGUGGAUCAUCAAUUCAGCAUUCAUAAUGGAAACCUCGACCAAAAUAAAAAUCCCGUUCAGGAAUCUGAAAAUAAAACCAACGAAACGGCAUGUGCUCCUUUCAAUCGUAGAUGCAAAGAAGGAUUCCUGAACCCAAGCAAUGUGCAGCAAUUCGAUCAAGUGCGUGUUAAGCAGGAAGAGCCCUCGGAAAAGGUGACAGAUGUGGGAAAAGUAACAUCCCAAGAUUGUAACAGAAGCGAACCAGUGGGUGGAUCAGCUAGCGAAACGACUUUGAAAAGUAAACUGGUAAAAGAAAACGUAAACAAAAGUAAUAACGAUGAGCAAGAGCAGGAACAGGAACAGCAGAAGGUGGGGGGAGGGGGAACGGAUGUGACCAUGGAUCAAAAGAACGAAGAUGCAGAUUCACCCACAAGUGGAAAAAAAAGCAAUGCAGAAAAUAUUGCAAAACAUAAAAUACACGAGAAAUGUAAAACGUACAAAACUGGUGGCAGUACUAGUAGUUGCAGUAACAGUACACACAAUGAACAAACAAUAGAUAAGACAGAGAUUCCCACAGAUAACACAGAAAAUCAGAACAUAGAUGCAGAAGAUCAGAAGAGAAAGAAAAAGAAGAAGAAAAAAAAAAAAAAAAAGAGAACAAGUACUUCGAUGAAUGACAUUGUAGAAGUAGAUGAAUUAUUAAUAAAUGAAGAGAAAGGGGGCGAGACGAAUGUGGAGGUUACACAAAAUCAGGAUGGUUAUAUUAUCACCACUCCUGAAUGUAAGAGACAAAACAGGGGCCAGCAUGCACACAGUACGAGUGCAAACAUGGGUGAUAAUGCUAAUGGUAACCAUAACGAUGAUGACAAUCAUAAUGAUGGUGACAAUCAUAAUGGUAAUGACAAUCAUAAUGAUGGUGACAAUCAUAAUGAUGGUGACAAUCAUAAUGAUGGUGACAAUCAUAAUGAUGGUGACAAUCAUAAUGGUAAUGACAAUCAUAAUGGUAAUGACAAUCAUAAUGGUAGUGGCAAUCAUAAUGGUAGUGGCAAUCAUAAUGAUGAUGAUGAAGAAGAAGAAGAUGUGAAAAGCGAAGCUUGUAAACCGAACCAAAUAUUUAACGAACAACAAUUGAAUAAUUUACUACAGGAAAUUAUGAACGACAGAGAACAAUGCAUGGCAUUGUUAAAGGAAAAAAUUUGCAUAAAUAAUCAAAUAUCAUACAUUAUUAAAAAUGAUUAUGAAAAGUUAAAGACUCAGCAUGAUAAGUUAUUUAUUGAGAUGGAAAUGAGUGGAGAAUCUCCACCGUAUAUAUACAACUCCAGUAGAUAUAAAAAUCAUCCUCCUGAAUGGAAUCAUGAAGAUAAUAAUAUGAGCGACAAAAAUGGGUUCACAAAGGAUGGGGUACACAGUGGGCACCCAUACUCUACCUCCAACUAUGGAUAUACUUCCACAUCUAGGACAAACAAUAAUGUUAGGAACACUCAUCAUCACGCGAGUACGCAUCAGUAUGAUAUGUAUGAUAUGGAAAAAACAAAAGAUGAAGAAAUGGAUCAAACCUCCAUCAAAGCCUUUGGUAGAAAACAAUCACAAAAGCACGAUGAGGAAUACAAUCCCUAUAGUGCAUCUAAAAAUAAAAAAACAAAAAAAUCCAAAAAAUCCAAAGGCGAGAAAGCUGCAAAUUCGGGAAUCAAAUCGAAGGUCGCCUCAACUGAUCUGAACGGGUACACAAAGGGGGAGGAGAACAGAGACACAAAGGAAGAUGCAAAGGAGGAUGCAAAGGAAGAUGCAAAGGAAGAUGCAAAAGAAGAUGCAAAAGAAGAUGCAAAAGAAGAUGCAAAGGAAGAUGCAAAAGAAGAUGCAAAAGAAGAUGCAAAGGAAGAUGCAAAAGAAGAUGCAAAAGAAGAUGCAAAAGAAGAUGCAAAAGAAGAUGCAAAAGAAGAUGCAAAAGAAGAUGCAAAGGAAGAUGCAAAGGAGAAUUCUAAUUCUAAUGAUAAUGAUAAGGAGAAUUCUAAGGAAGAUGCGAAGGGGAAUAAUCCCAAAGGAAGCCACAAAAGUGACAACAUCAGCAGGAGCAAAACUCGAAUCAGUGCUCAAUAA